UCUCCUCCGCGCAAAGGCCUCUGGGAAACCGAGUCCACGCUCUAAAUAAUUCACGCUCCUUGUUCCUUCUCUCCCAACGCUGACAAGAUGCCGGCCGUACAUCACAAGCUGCUGCUGGAGGACGCUCUGCAGGACAGUCCUCAGACUCGCUCCCUGCUCAGCGUGUUUGAGGAAGAUGCUGGGAUGCUCACAGACUACACCAACCAGCUGCUACAAUCCAUGCAGCGUGUGUUUGGAGCCCAGAGUGAGAUGGGAUUGGCCACGGAGCAGCUCUCACAGCAACUUCUGGAUUAUGAGAAGAAAAAUUUUUCCCUUGGAAAAGGCGAUGAAGAAGUAAUCAUCACGCUGCAGAACUUUGCCAAAACUGUAGGGGAGCUGAACUCGCUCCACUCAGAGCUAGCCAACCAGAUGGCUGACAGCAUGGUUUUCCCCUUGAUCCAGUUCAGAGAGAAAGACCUUACUGAGAUAAGCACACUGAAGGAAAUAUUUGGCAUCGCCACUGAUGAGCAUGAGGCAGCUAUGGUUAAAUACAGCCGAUUACCCAAGAAGAAGGAAAAUGAGAAGCUGAAGUCAGACUUGGUGAAGGAGGUGGCGUACACCAGAAGGAAGCAGCACCAGGCCUCACUGCAGUAUUACUGCGCCCUCAACGCCCUGCAGUAUCGCAAGAGAGUCGCUAUGCUCGAACCCAUGCUUGGCUACACACAGGCACAGAUCGGCUUCUUCAAGAAAGGCAUUGAGCUGGUGUCAAAGAAGAUGGACAACUUUCUUUCCUCUGUGUCCAACAUGACUCAAAAUAUCCAGGCCCAGCUUGACACAGAGGCAGAGGCCAUGCGUGGGUCCCAGAGGGAGUUCCUGUCUGUGGAGGACACUGUCUAUAUGCCAGAUAAGGACACUGAUCCUGUCAAUCGCACCCUCAUCCAGAAGGCUGGCUACCUCAACAUAAGGAAUAAAACAGGGCUAGUGACCACAGCCUGGGACCGGCUGUACUUCUUCACCCAGGGAGGGAACCUGAUGUGUCAGCCUCGUGGGGCGGUGGCCGGGGGCAUGGUGCUGGACCUGGACAACAGCUCUGUCAUGGCUGUGGAGUGUGAAGACAGACGCUAUUGUUUUCAAAUAACCUCCCCCUCAGGCAAAACGUCGAUGAUUCUACAAGCUGAGAGCAAAAGGGAAUAUGAAGAAUGGAUUUGUACAGUGAACAACAUCUCCAGACAGAUCUACCUGACUGACAACCCAGAGGCUGUUGCCAUCCGACUGAACCAGAGCGCCAUACAGGCAGUCACCCCCAUCACCAGCUUUGAGAAGAGACCAGAGGGCUCACCCAACCCUGACAGAGCGAAGCCAGGAGGUGUACACGCUUCCAGUAGUGGUUCUCAGAAGACAGGAGCUGCUCCGGAACCAGAAGACCUGAUAGCCCCUGGGACACCCAUUCAGUUCGACAUCAUGCUGCCGGCCUCUGAGUUUCAGGACCAGAACAGGUCCGGGGGGAGACGCACAAAUCCAUUUGGAGAAACGGACGAUGACUGUUCAACAGAAAGUGACGACUCCCUCCUGCAGCAAGUAUUUGCCGUGCGCUUCCAAGGCUCAAUGGCGGUGCGUUGUGGCAACAAUCAGGAGGUGAUCUAUGAGGCCAUGAGGCAGGUGCUGGCUGCCCGAGCCAUCCACAACAUCUUCAGGACCACCGAGUCCCACCUCAUGGUCACCAGCAGUAGCCUCAGGUUGAUUGACCCACAGACUCAAGUUACAAGAAUAAGUUUCCAGCUUGGAGAAGUGUGUCAGUUUGCAGCUCACCAAGAGAAUGGAAGGCUGAUGGGGUUCGUGGUGGAGGGCAGAGACUGGAGUGACGGAGAUGAGGAGGGAGAGCCUUCGUUUAGCGCCUUCAUUUUUGAGAGCAAUACAGAGGGCGAAAAGAUAUGUUACACCAUAAACUUGGCGAAGGACAUUACAGAAGCCAAGAAGGACCCAGAGGCCCUGGCCCAGCUGAUGAAGAACAUGCCUCUGACUAAUGAUGGCAAAUUCCUGCUGCUGGAGCCCGAGACCGGCGACACGACCAAUGGAGCAGAAGAAGACCUGGAGUCUGAAGCCUAGUCCCAGUAAGGACCAAAACAACAACAACAACAACAACAACAACAACAGACCAGGACCACGGUCCACCUCUUACCCAGGAGAGAAGGCCUUCCCGGGCUGAAGGGGACAUUAUGACUCCAUAGCUCUAACCCUGCUACUGUAACACCCAUAUUAGAGAGUGUAGUUUACGUCCACUUACCCUGUGUUGCUAGAUUUUUUCAAAUAAGAUUUCCAGCCGAAAUGAAAGCAGAAACGAAGCACAUCUGAUGGGUGCUUCAUUAGAUCUGCUCUUCUUGGUCAGACUGUAGCAGGCCUUUGGAUUUGGAGUUGUUUUUAGCCAACUGUGGGUGGUACUUCCAUCAAAAGGGACACUCUAUAGGUAUCGAAUGUGUUUCAUUGUCCUCUAAUAUCCCCAGACAUCUAACAGAAGGUGGUGAAUCAUUUGCUUAAUUUGAAGGUUUACGUAGUCUGGAGAGUUUAUUCUUUUACUUUCUUUUACACGUUAACCUGUACGUAAGGCUCUUGUGCAACUACUUUGGCGUUUAUUUCCUUUUUAUUCAUGUACAAAAGAAGUUAUAGCAAUUCCAAGUUUAAUAUCUGUUCAAUAAGAUCACAGUAAUUGAUACAUUUGAAGGAUCUUAGACUUUUAACACUAUGAAAGACUUAAAACAGGUUAAAGUCAUGUCAGUUCCUUUUAUCUGCGGCGCAGUGACAAAUGUCCUGGAGUAGUGGAUGCACUUGGCAUCAGACUAAACGUUUUUGUUCUUUCUGCACUUUUUCCACUAUCAGGUUACACAGACAAGGCUUCUAGACUAUCUUAAGCAUUCCCACUAAACUUAAUUAAUGUCAUAUUUUUUGUUAUUCACCCAUACCUGUACAAAACAAGUCUUAGCUGAUCUGUAUGCAAGGUCCUCAUUGAGCAGCCCCAAUACUCUUUGGUAAAAUAACAACGUUGUGCUACGUUUCCCUGAAGGACUAUGUAAAUAUGAACUGUGUGAGUGUCUGUAUGUUUAAUCCGACUUGGCUACAUUAAGAGCUUUCAGUCAAUAUGCUAGGACUGAUGCGGUGCAUGAUUAAAUAAUGGUGUUCUCUCUCUCUCCCUCUCUCUCUCUCUCUUUGCAGAAAAUUAAAACCUCUACACUGAGCGCUGAGCUGUCACAGUAAAAAAAAAAAAAAAAAAAAACAUUAAAAAUAUCCCUGAAAUGUUACAGAAACGCAUGUAGGCAGACCACAGUGGGGUAUUAUGUACUGGUUAAAAUGGCAACUGGCUCUUUGCUUACACAUACAAAUAUUAAACGGAACAGAAAACCAGAAGGGGAAGCGUCUGAUCUGUGACAUUCUGCCAUUCCUCACGACACCAGUGCAGUUCUUAUUUCAUUCCAGCCAAUUACUAAUCUCACGGACAGUGGAGGCCCCUGGUGCACCGUGUGUAUAUGUGACAUGUUGUUGUUCUGUGUAAUACAGACGGGGUGAAAACCACUGACUUGACGUUGAUCGUGAAAGUUGCGUUGUGUUGACCAGUGCGUUAGCUUGCCUGCUUGCUUUUUCUACUUUACAUCUGAGCUCUUGGUAGAAUCAAAUGUUAAACAAGGAUGGAUCUUAAAUUGAGGAAUGCCUGCUAUACUGUUGAAAUAAUUAGUUAUGAUUAUGUUUGACUGCUUGUGACAUUACCAAUUGUAAUCAAAGGUUGACAGUUAGGAAAUGUGCUUAUUGUCUUUGUUAUAAAGUUAGAUGAGAUUCCGUUUGACGGUCUUCUUGUCUUAACUCUGUACCAGAAAGGAAAGUGUAUUUCCCUAAAUGUUUAACUUUUGCUUUAAGCCAUAACAGUUAACCAUUUCUCUUUCUUUUUCCUGAUGUAAAUGUGCAUCGGCAGGACUUCUGAUGCUAAAAAGAAAAUGUCGUCCAUCUAAUAGCCUUGUACCCUCCGUCCUUGAGUGCUGGUUGAAAUGCUUCAAUCACACCAUUAAUAAAAGAUACAGCGAUGCAAACAAACGGGCUUAGCGCAUCAGUCAAGAAAAAGUCUGAGAUUUCUUUCUGUUUGACGGCUCUGUUGGUGAGAAGAGUUUCUCCAACUUUAACAUCAUGUCAGGAAAACCAAAUCCUCUUAUUGAGGCCUGCUGUAGCUCAUUACACGUAUUACAGCUGCUCUGCAAAGACUUGAUAUAUUUUCACUUUGGAAGUUAAUGCACAGUCAGGACAAAUCUGGGUACUUAUGAUGUAGAAAAUAAAUGUCAUUACUAUAGCAAGGACUGAAUUUUUUCUCCAUUCUCCCGUCUCUUUGUAAACGGCUGAAGUUGACAGAGUCCACUAACCAUAAGGCUUUACACUUAAUUUGUCCUAGUUUUCUAAAGGCUCUGCUAACAUGCAAUAUUCAAUAAAUAUA